GGACGGCGGGGGUAGAAGGCUCUCAGCCGCCGGGGAGCCGAGGCUGCUAACGCAACCCGGGACCGGAGGCGGACUAAGUCGCUCUCUGGCAGCCUGACCCCCAGCCACCGCCCUGCCCAGGCUUGUGCCUCGCCUGACACCCGCUGCAAGGAACAGGGCUGUUUCACGUGUCACCUAUGGAAAAGCGGCAGCCGGGUGGCUACGUGCAUCCGCUCUGGCACAAACCUAGUUCCACCUGUGCUUUGGUUUUAAAUAAAAAAUGUCACCUAUGUCCGGCUGUCACACAACCCGACCUGGCAUCCUCUGGCUGAUUGCUUAUCUAUCCGUAUGCAAAUUGCACAAAGAUGGACAGUGAGGUGCAGAGGGAUGGAAGAAUCCUGGAUUUGAUUGAUGAUGCAUGGAGAGAAGAUAAAUUACCCUAUGAGGAUGUAGCAAUACCAUUGAAUGAGCUUCCUGAACCAGAACAAGAUAAUGGCGGCACAACAGAGUCAGUGAAAGAACAAGAAAUGAAAUGGACAGACUUGGCUUUGCAAUAUUUGCAUGAAAAUGUUCCCCCAACAGGAAACUAGAGAAUCAGUGUUAUUUCAUGGAACGAUUUCAAUACAAGAAGAUGUUUUCCAGCAUAUCUUCACCAUCUCCUGUCCAGCUGCUUAAGAAAGAGUCAAAACCUUUAAAAACCUUCUAGUCUCAAACAGCUGUUUUACUCCACAAAAGCAAAAUACAGUUUAAAAGACCCCAUAUAACCAAUAUAAAAUAACUGACAUCCUAAAGCUGCGGGGAGAUAGAGUGCUUUUUCACUUACGCAAAAAUAUUUGGAGUCCUGUUGUGUUGACAACUUCUUUAUAAGUUCAUCUUAAUUGUCUUUUGUAUAUGCUCAGAGAGGUAGUUAUCACUACCUGAAUGCUGAUCAUUGAUCUCAGAAGUGAUUUGGUGAAUAUUUGUGGUUGCUUUGAUGUUUUAUAGUCCCAAAGCGAUUCUUUUAUGUUUUGGUGUUACUGUUAGUUGCUCGGGUUUUGCACCAUGAUCUCUAUGAACCAACUUUUACUGCCUUUAACUUGCCUGUGACACAGGAAGGUUGUUUGAGACAGAGAGGUUAAUGAACAGGAUUAAGGGACUGAAAUUUGUCUGUAAACACAAAUGAGACUGGGAAAGAAGUUCUUUAUAAAGUAAGCAGUCUUGGAAUUUGCCUAUUCUGGUUAGAGCACAUUCCCAACACGGACAUCCUGUAGUCUGUUUGCUAACCAGCAUACUGUAAAAGAACAAUUUAUAUUAAAAGGCUUUGUUAGUGGUGA